CAUAAGUUGAAAAUGGACAUCAAAGUUAAAUUGUGCUUUAUAUUUAUGUGUAUAACAUUCAAACUCCAAAAUGCUUCAGCUACAAUUCCGAGUAUUGUAUUAGACACUGAUGAUAAAAUUAGGAAAUGUACAACGCAUUUAUCAACAUGCUCGGUUAAACUUGGUGAUAAACCAUUAAUGCUACGUGGAGAUAAAGGAGAACCAGGAUUGCCUGGUGUUUCUGGGCUACCAGGAAAGGAUGGAGAAAAAGGCGAUCAAGGAUUUGCAGGCCCACCAGGCAUACCAGGAAUGCAAGGGCCAAAAGGAGAAAUUGGACCGUUGGGACCUAAAGGCGAUAAAGGAGAACGAGGGAUCACUGGAAAACCAGGACCAAUAGGACCUCCUGGGCUUGAAGGGAAACCUGGUAUAUGUCAUUGCGUUUUGCCAGCAAUCAAAACAAGUAGUAUGGAAGUUGGAGAUGAUGAAUGGGACCCUGAUAUCCCAGUAGAAAAGCCUUGUAAGGCUGCGCCUAAAGAUAUAGAAAGCGGAUUUUACUCAAUGGGGCCAUUUAAAAAGGAAUUCAAAGUUUAUUGUAACAUGACUACGUUGGAAACUUGCAUUCCUAAUAUACCGAUGACUCCAGAACAAAAACAUAAAUUAGGUAAUCAGCCUGUCUGGCUAAGCUCACUGGGAGUUCAUCUGAUGGAUAUAUAUGAACUAUCUUUAGAACAAAUAUCAUGGCUUCAAGAAAGGUCCGUGUCAGUUCGUCAAACAAUAAAAUAUCACUGUUGGGAUUCAGUACCUUACCCCAAAUACAAUACUUCAACAUCAUCACUAGAACUAUUGACGUGGAACGACGUGGUAAUCGGACCAUUUGCAACACCAAAAUCGCCAGUUUUUUAUACAGUACCGAAGGAAACUGAUCAUUGUGAGGAAGGCGUUCAGGAGUGGCGGAGUUCUAUUAUAAAGAUUCAGACUUCCAACGUACAUAGGUUGCCUAUAGCCGAUAUUUUGAUAAAAGAUAAUCGCAACGCAAAUCAAAAGUUCAAGAUAGAAGUUACAGAAUUAUGUUUCGGAUGAUUUUAUUUAUUAUUGGACUAAAGCGUUUAUGGU